AUGGAUAGCGACAUAAUUGACGAAGAAUUUGUAUAUGGAAAAGAUAUAGAAAAAAUAAAAAAAAAAAAGGAAUUAAUUUUAGAUUGCUUAAAAGAAAUAAAUGAUCCAGACCUAAAAAGGAAUAUAGUAGAACUAAAUUUUGUUCGUAAUUUAAAAAUAAAAGAAAAUAAAAAUAGAAAAUAUAAUGUCGAAUUUGAUUUAAAUUUGACAACCCCUGCUUGUCCUGUCAAAGAUGAAUUAGUAUCAGAGUGUAAACAAAAACUUAAUGCAUAUGAUUGGAUCGAAGAUAUAAAUAUUAACAUUACAUUUUUUAGUUUUACCGAAAAUGAUAGAAAGAAAAAUAUAAAGAAAAUUGAAAAUAUUAUAUUGAUAUAUAGUUGUAAAGGGGGAGUAGGGAAAUCAUUUUUUUCUGUUAAUUUUGCUUAUUAUUUAAAAAAACAAGGAGCAACUGUUGGACUUUUAGAUGCUGAUAUUAAUGGCCCAAGUUUACCAACACUCCUACCAUUUGAUCAUACAUAUGCUAAAUUUAAAACUCAUAAAAAAAAAAAAAAUGGUGUUAAUAAUAAAAUAUUUUAUGAGCAAGAAAAGGUAAAGGAUAUAAUAGACGAAGAUAAAAAUCAUACUUUUUUAAAAAAAGAAAGUUAUCAGGAAAAUUAUUAUUUUGAUACAACAAAAAAUGGAAUGAAAAAUAUGAGUAAUAAUGCCAAGCUAGUAGAAGACCAUCAUGAUGAAGAUUUUAUUUCAACAAAUAGUAAUUGUAAUAAUAAUGGUGAGAAAAAAAAUAAUAAAAAAAUAUAUAGCGAUUUAUUUGAAUCCUAUACAAAUGAAGAGAUUGAAAGUGAAGAAAAAAAAGAAGAGAGAGAUGAUUAUAGAGAAGAAGAAGAAGAAGAAGAAUUUGCAAUACCACUAAUCGAACCAUUGAUAUAUAAAGAUGUAAAAUUGAUGUCCUAUGCAUAUAUAAAAGAUAAACAAAAGUUGGGUUUCGCUUCUUUUAGAGGACCAAUAUUAAAUGAAUUAAUUAAUGAAUUUAUUCAUAAUGUAAAUUGGGGAGUAUUAGAUUAUCUAAUUAUUGAUAUGCCUCCAGGUACUAGUGAUAUACAUUUAAAUUUAUUUGAAUCUGAACAUAUUGAUGGUAUUAUUAUGGUUACUACCCCAAAUGAUUUAUCUAUUAAUGAUGCCGAAAAAGGAAUAAAUAUGUCUAACUAUUUUAAUAUUCCUAUUAUUUGUUUAAUUAUAAAUAUGAAUUAUUUUGUUUGUGAUAAUUGUGAUAAAAAGCAUUAUAUUUUUAACAAUUGUGAUAUUAAAUCUUUACAAAAAAAAAUAAGCAAAAUAUAUGAAUUUCCAUUCCAUCCCCUUGUUCCAAAAAAUGUAUAUUUCAAUACUGAUUCUGAUAAUAUAGAAAAUAAAGAUAAAGAAAAUGAUCGUAAAUUUCCACUUAUACUUUCCUUUGAGAAACAUUAUUUAAUUGAAAAACUCGAAGAGAUAUUUGAAAAUGCUACAAGAGAAAUUUCAAUUAUAAAAUAUAAUCAUACCUUAAAUUUACCAUCUAUACAACUUUAUAAUAAAUAUUAUAUUCAAUUAAGUUUUGAUUCAAUUCAAAAUAAAUAUGUUUUUUCAGAUGAUGUAUUAACUUGUAAUUGUAAGGAUAUACGUUUAAAAUGUGCUUGUGAUAUAUGUACAAAUUUAAAAAAAAAUAAUAUACAAAAAAAAAAAAAUCUAAAAAAAUAUGUUUUUAAUCAUAAUAUAUAUGUAAAAGAAAUAAUCAAAUUAGGCGCAUACAAUGUUAAAUUUAUUUGGUCUGAUGAUCAUGUUUCUAUUUAUUCAUAUUCAUAUCUAAAACAUAUAUUCCAAAAAAAAAAAAUAACAGGUCCAAUCCCAUAUUGCAGCUCUAACAAUAUAUCAAAAUAUGAUUGGUAA